CGACGAAGACCACCUCCGCAGACCGCCUCAGUGUCGUACAAGACGUCGGUGCCGCACAACGUUCGCAGCGCCAUAGUACAUAUUAAUAUUAUAAUAUUCCAAACGCGAAUCCCUCUGACGUGCGCGUGUACGUGCAUUACGCCAUCAUAUAAUACUAUUGCGAUUUCGUUCAUCUCCUCGAUAAUCACACAACAGUAUUAAUAUCGACGAGUAUAUACCCGACCAACGGUUGCUCUCCAGCGCGACCACCGCUGCCCGUCAGCUUACCUGUAACCGCACCCCGCAGAGAAAACCACCCGGCCACUGCCGACGAUUAGGGGAUAGGACCGGAAGCGGGUAUUUCAGCUGUCACCGGGGUCUAAGUUUUGUUUUUCGCGUGCGUUUCUAAAUACGAUCGCUUUACCGACGCGUCCGUCCCGUUCCGGUCUCAAGUGACAAAGCCGACACAUUUCUACACCGAGGUUUUCAAAACUAAUGUAAGAUUCAGACAUGGUGGGUACCGACACCCGGUGGCUGGUGACCCUGUGCUUGCUCUCUGCAGCGCAAUGUGUUCCUUCCAGGGUUACGUCUCAAUCGGAAACAGAUUCCGAAGAUUCAAGAAGAGUUCUUGGUUCAAGUGUGGUAACAUCAGUAUCUGUGAUAAUGGAUCAUGGAAAUGGCACCAAAACAUAUUUUGCUGAUGGACAAAGUAAAAACAUACAUAAACCUACAGAUACCAUAAUCGGUAGUCCUGGUAAUUUAUUAUCACCAGACCGUUAUGAGUUUUAUACAUUUGACGAAACGGGAGAUUUAGUUAAACGGCUAAUGACACUGGAUGAAAUACAUGGUUUAAUUGCUGGAGCAGAUCCAGAAUCAGUGAUGGCUGACGCUUCCCCUACAUAUUAUCAUGAUGCACUGUCAAGUCAUUCAUCAGAAGCACUUAUGCACUUACCCGCUUCCGAUCUCGAAUCACUAGAUGCACCAGCAGUUCACAAGGUUCUGGAAAGUGUACAAAAUGUACUGAAAAAUGAAAUGGCUGCUAACUCGGGCAAACCCAUUCCUUCUAUGUCAAGCACAUCUUUACAUCGCCCAGAUUCAGCGUCCGCGUGGUCAGCCUUAUUCCCAGGACUAAUUGAAACUCCAGAUGACGUAGCUCAUCUUUCCGGAUACUUGCUUCCGUCCAAAACAACUGAGUCAAUGGACAUUCCAUUGACGAAAAAACCAUUGUCAUCUACUAAGGCACCGUUAGUAUCAAUGCAACCUCAAUCGACGACACUUAAAUUGCCACAGUCAUCUAUAAAAACGCAAAUAGCCACUACAACAGAAAAAGUGAGGUCAACACCGAAAUACUCCACUGUCAAACCUGAAGUAACAACAAAAUUUACUCCAACACAAUCAACAACACACUCAACAAUACACUCAACAACACAAUCACCAACACAGUCAACAACACAGUGGACAACACUUAAACCAUCAACGACUAAAAAACCUUUUAGGCCAAUACAGUCAUUCGAGAAACAAAAACCAGCACUACAAAAACCAAUUUUAAUGUUGCAUUCAACUGCUAAACCAUCUAUUAUGGCAGAUAGUCUUGAGAUAAAUAAAGAAAUGUCAGCUUCUAUAUCAGAUAUGCUGUCGCAAGUGACUGACAGUCAAUCAUCCAACCACAAACCUUUACAGACUAAUGAUUUAGUAGAAAAAGAUAGUACAGCAGAUUAUAUACCCGAAGAGAGUUCACCAGAAUUAAGCUACUACAGUCCAAUAGCAAUGUCAUUGAGCACUGGUGGUGCUUUGAAACCAGUAACUGAAGCUUUGACAUCAGCUAGAAAACCUCCAAUUACAAUGACAUAUAAAACUUCAACUACAGAUAAGCCAUUUUUGCACAAGACCACCCCUACCAUCACAGCAACACGAUUUGCACCGCCCAAGUCUAAUGUGACUAAACCUCGACCAUAUGCAAAUGCUACGACAGCCUCUUAUAUGACAAAGCCAUCAUCAAUUAAUAAAUUUAAUGCGACUACUGUUUCUACUACUAGAAAUAACUACCAGUACCCACCAAGUAACAUGUCAACUAAAUAUAUGCAAAAGAUUACACAAACCACUCAAGCUUACCCAAAUAAAUUAAUUGAUAGUUUCGUAAAAGUUGUUAACAAAACGAUAAAUAAUGCAACUCUCAGCGUGAAAAAACCAAUAGACACAUUUUGGAAUUCCACCGAGGAGACGAAGAAUAAAUUCGUCAAAGAACCUGUUAAAGUUUUCCAGACUAAAGUCACUUCAAAUCGACCAAAUGGCAUAAAUCGAACGAAUGUCACUCUAUCAAAUCGCAUACAAGAAUUAAAAACUACGGCUAUUCCAAAUUUCGGAUAUGGUUCAUCUACAACAACGGUUCGUAGUCAAACAGAACCCGAUAAAUAUGUAUCAGUGAAAGUAGAAGAAUGGCCAAUGACCGCUCAACAUCCAACAGCAUACCCUUCGACUAUUCCAUACAUGAGUACCGAAAAAUCGUUCUUUUCCAGCAACAGUCAGCCACUGAACUCCGUUACAGACGCUAACGUGAUUAGAGAUUUAAUAUCGUCUUUUAUGACUAAAUCGUCAACAGCUUCCAGCGUCUCUACUAGUACCGUAUCCCCAACUACUGUUAGCGCUCAACAAACGCUCACUGCCUCCAUGUCGACAACAACACCGUCGGUGGUAAAUACUAUAACUGGAAUUCCGGUAUCAAUGAUCUCGUCUUCAGUUGGAGAUUUAGUGACAACAACAACAACAACAACUACGACGAAUGAAACAACACCAACUACAACAACACCAACUACAACAACAUCGACUACAACAACACCAACUAUAACAACAUCAACCACAACAGAAACAGCGGCAGUUACGAAAUUGGAAACCACAACGGAAAAAAUAAUGGAAGCAGUAAAAACUGCUGUGGAAGCUGCAGAUACAGGUGUAACUGUAGUGACGACAACUGCGGCUUCAACGAGUGCAGCGAGUACUACGACGGUCGGUACGACGGCUGCUCAGAUAACAACAGGUACACCGAUAGCACAGACAGCGGCUAGUGCAGCAGUAGGUUCGAUAGUGUCCAGUACGUCGGCUAGGACCACAGCCACUAAUGCGACCGAGGUCACGUUUACAACACCAGAAUCGGAUACUCAAUACGUUCCGGUCACACAUUUCCUUCCGGAAUUACAACUGAAAGACAGACCAGAAACCGAAAACAACAACAGUGCGCCCGGCGUAGACCUGAUGCUCAAAGACGGUAUAAAUGCCGUGGCUAGCAUGUUGCAAAACACACAAAAGCCGGCGGUGGCGACGGUUCUUGAAACGGAGUACCAAGAAAUUGGCGAGCGCCCCUACGAGAAAUUGUCUUCGGCUGAGGGAAAACAAUCAUCCACUGAACAAGCCAGCCGAAAACAGGCGACGGUUAAGUCAGACUAUGACGAGACCACCACAUUUGCCGUGUCCGAGAACGCGGCCACGCAGGACUUUUACGACUUCACUACGAAUUCAGCGGAGUUGGUUACCAAGUUCCUGGAGCCGCACGACACGAUCGCUGCAGAAUCGGUGACCACCAACAACACAGAAGAGGCGAUGCGAAAUUCAGAACCAAGCAUGGAAAUGUUGACUGUGUUCAAUGUCAGUUCCACUGGUGGUCCCGGGCAAGUGGCUAAACUGGACGAUUUAUCAUCGGAAACGCAAGUGUUUUUCGACACCACCACGCCAUUUGAAAACCGUGGCGCCGUUACCAAUCCAGAAACCGGCAACGAAGAAUCAGUAACCACAACGUUCACCCCUUAUGUCGCCCCGGUGACGAGGGAGGUGACAAUGUCAGCUGUAACCAUGCCGUCCACAUCGACCACCACGACGAUACAACCAUCACUGACAUCAGUGAAAUCAGCAAUAGCAACAGCAACAGUAUCAACAGCAGCAACAGUAGAAACAGCAUCGGCAGCAGUAACAGCCACGACGGCAGAGUCUGAAGUCCAAAACUCGAUGACGGCAGUAUCUGAAAACUCUACGGUGGCCGUGAAAAACUACACCACUUGGUCCACGCCAGCCACGGUCACUCUGCCGCCUGCAGUAAAAUCGCCUGGACCGUCGUCCAAUGCUUAUAGACCACAGAUGGCCAACAGUGCGUCUCCGUCCACAGUCGAACUGCAUCCUGCGCCACACGAGAGCAUGGGAAUGGAAGCGAGUGUAGCGUUUUUGGGCGAUGAUGUGCGCCGAUUUGCUGACCUUUGUAACGAGUUGUCAUUCAAGAUGUGGACAGCCGUUACCGGAAAAGGUCAGAUAGCCUCCAGAAGUCUGGUGCUAUCUCCGUUCGAGCUGACUGCUAUGCUGGCCAUGGUAUUCCUAGGUGCCCGUGGUUCUACUUCCGGUCAAAUGAACGACGUGCUUAGGCUUGAUGACAUGGUCACUUUCAAUCCUCACCAAGUACUCAGGAACAUUACGCACUCAAUAACCAACAUCAACAAUCCAGGUGUGGCCACCGCGUCUUUCGUCCGGGAAAUCUACAGCCACAAGGGAAAUGGAAAAAUACUAGAAUUCUAUAAAGAACGAGUACAGCAGUAUUAUGAUGGACACGUAGAAGAAGUAGACUUCAAUACGAUAGGAGACGUUUUAAGGAGACGAACCAAUUUAUUAGUCAAAAGACAAACUUUGGGUCGUGUUGUGGAAUAUCUUCGUGGUUCUGGAUUGAGUUUGACACCACCAUUCGCCGCAUUCAGUGCUAACGUAUUCCAGACGAGCUGCGAGAGCGCGUCCACCGAGGGCAGAGACGGCGAAAUGUACUUCGUGGUGAGACCGUCGACCAGACAACGGCGCCUGGUCCCAGUGCCGGCGGCCGUGUGGCGCGGCGGAUUCCUGGCCGGCUACGAACCCGGGCUGGACGCGACGGCCGUUUGCCUGGGCCCGGACUCGGCGGUGUCCACCAUACUGGUGCUGCCGGGCCAACAGGGCCAGGUGGCCCCGGGCGACGGCCUCGCCCGGUUGGAACAGCGGCUGAUCGAGACGUCGUACCGGCGGGGCGGUUGGUCUCGGGUGCUCCGGAGCCUGUUGCCCCGACCGGGGCUCGAGCUGCAAGUGCCGAGGUUCUCGCACCGAUCCGUGCUGAACGCCACGGCCGCCCUGCAGAAGAUGGGCCUGCGGGACGUGUUCAGCGACCAGAAGGCCGACCUGCGCGGCGUCAACGGGCUGUACGACCUGUACCUGUCCGACAUGCUGCAGGUGAACACGUUCAGCACGUGCGGCGAGGACACCAUCGGCGCCCGGCACCACGUGGAGACGUACCCGGCGUCGCCGCAGCGGAUGGGCCGUGCCGGCCGCGACGGCGGCCACGAGAGCGGCCCGAGUGGCGACAGCGAAGACGGCCACGGGAGCGGCCCGAGUGGCGACAGCGAAGACGGCCACGGGAGCGGCCACGAGAGCGUCCUCAAUAGUAGCCACGACGGUGGUCGCCGGAAGCGCAGCGCCGAAGAUCUGCCGCUGCACAGCCCGUACUCGCAUUUGCCGCUCAACCUGCGGCCAAGGCAGGCGCGGCUCCCGGACGUGCCGAGGCUCCGGUUCGACAGGCCGUUCCUUUACCUGGUCAGGCACAAUCCCACAGGGAUGAUAAUCUACCUGGGUAGGUUUAACCCGAGGCUGUUGCCGUGAACCAUUCGUAAUGAUUAUAUUAUAUGAUAAUUAACUAAAUCAUUAUUAUUAUUAUUAUUAUUAUUAUUAUUGAUAUCACGAAACAUAAUAUUAUAAUAUUACUAAAUGUACACAUUAUUACACCAUUGCCAAACGACGAUGAUAAUAAUUUUUAAGUGAGUUUCUAUUUUUUAAAUUACAAAAUUGACCGCCGCGGGGCAUACCUCGUUUGUGGACAGUAAAACGAGCGCGGCGACCCGUUUUUGAGACGAAAAAUUAACUGAUAUUUACACAUUAUUGUGUUUGGCAUUAGGUUAUUAUUGGAACUAAUCCGGUCGAUUUCACUGACAUUUAACGAUAAAAAUAUUUAAAUUCUAUCCAUUGAUAUUUUUUAAAUAAUUUUAUGAUCUUGGUAAAAUCGACAUCCUAAACGUUUGUUUAAGUUUAAUGUAGUUCAGAAUUCUGAACGAUAUACGACAAUUUUUGCAUUUUAUAUAUUUUAUAAUAUAUAUAUAAAUAAUACAUAGGUAUAUUUUUUUAUGCGUACAAUUUAUUAUUAUUUAUAGGAUAUUUUUCAGUUUAUUAUUAUUUUAAUAAUUAUACUAAAUGCGUUACUAUAAAACUGUGACACGCUUUGUGAUAUAUAUUUUGUCAAUACAAAAUUAAAUAUUUUAUACACGAUAAACAUUAUAUUAAAUAUUAGAUUUUUUUAUACGUAAAAUAAGAUUGUUCCUAGUUUUUUUAAGGAAUUAUGUCUAAAUACUUUUUUUUAUGUAUACAGAAUAAGUAAAUCCAUGAUUCCGUUUUUGUAAAUGUUUAUUUCAAAUCAUUUAUAAUAAAUUAUCUGCAAUACACUAAUCAUUGAUGUGCAGCUAAAUUUAUUUUAGUUUUAGUCAAAAUUGUAAUUAUUUAAUUAUUAU